UUCCCGACUACUUCCGGUUCAACAUGGCGCCUCCCAUACCUCACUUAGCAGUUCGAGGGUCUGAUGGCACAUUUCUGCUCCGCGGACCACCGAACUAUGAGGAAAGUCCCAUUUUCCAGCGAGAUGAACGAAUGAGCAAAUAUGUGACUUUCAGCAGGGAUGGAACUUUGUUUGGCUGGUGCAAUGGGGAGAAGGUCAGCGUGAUUAAAGUUGCAAAUGGAGAUUUGGUGAAAUCUUUUGAUCUCCCAAAAACGACCUUCCUGGCAUUUUCUCCUCUUAACAAAGUGUUGGUUACAUGGAAGCAGUACACCAAAUCACAAGAUAAUCCUCAGGGUGAGGCGAACCUCCAGUUGUGGGAUCUGCAAACAGGAAACUGUUUCAAAGCCUUUUACCAGAAAAAAGUAGAGGGAUGGUGUCCAAGUUGGGCAGAUGAUGAAAGUGUUGCAGUGAGAUGUGUGAACAAUGAGCUGCAUUUCUUCGAGAAUAAUAACUUCGAAACCAUUGCCAACAAACUUCAUCUUCAGAAGGUAUCAGCCUUUGCUCUGUCACCAGGAACCCAGCCAAGCAAGGUUGCUGUCUACGUUCCUGGAAGCAAGGGUGCCCCCUCUUUUGUCCGGCUUUAUCAGUACCCUAAUUUCAGCGGUCCUGCCUCAGCUCUGGCCAACAAAAGCUUUUUCAAGGCUGAUAAAGCGACCAUGCUGUGGAACAGAAGAGCCAGUGCAGUUCUAGUUACAGCUAGCACAGAAGUGGAUAAAACGGGCGCAUCGUACUACGGAGAGCAGACAUUACAUUAUCUCGCAAUAAACGGAGACAGUGCAGUGGUUCAGCUCCCAAAGAAUGGCCCUAUUUAUGAUGUGACAUGGAGCCCCAGCUCUUCAGAAUUUUGUGUUGUUUAUGGCUUCAUGCCUGCCAAAGCCACAGUCUUUAACUUGAAGUGCGAGCCAGUUUUUGACUUUGGCACAGGUCCACGCAAUGCUGCUUUUUACAGUCCACAGGGCCACAUCCUGGUCCUGGCAGGCUUCGGAAACUUGAGAGGUCAGAUGGAGGUGUGGGAUGUGAAGAAGUACAAGCAAGUGUCCAAACUGCAGGCUGCAGACACCACAUUCUUCUCCUGGUGUCCGGAUGGAGAGCACAUUGUUACAGCAACUUGCUCACCCAGGCUCAGGGUCAGUAAUGGUUAUAAGAUCUGGCACUACACCGGCACAGUUCUGUACAAGCAAGACACACCAGCAGGGAAGGAACUCUGGGAGGUGAUCUGGCAACCUUUCCUACCUAGAACAUUCCCAGAGAAGGCAGUGAAGUACCAGGCAGCUGCAAGUGAGCUCGGUAGCACUGAAGCUAAGCCGACGCAGGCCUACCGUCCUCCUGCCCUGCGCAACAAACCGGAGAGCAGCAGCAGCCUCAAACUACAUGAAGAGGAACCACCCCAGAACAUGAAGCCUGGUGCUGGAGACAAGCAGAUGUCCAAGGCAGCUCUGAAAAACCAGAGAAAACGGGAGGCAAAGAAAGCGGCGAAACAGGAAAAUAAAUCUGAAGAAGUUCCUAUUCCGCCUUCAGAGCCUCCACCCACCAGACAGAUUCCUGUAGCAUCCACACAUGGAGACCCUGAAACUGAUAAAAAGAUUAAGAACUUAAAAAAGAAACUGAAGGCGAUUGAUGAGUUAAAGGAGCAACAAGCAACAGGCAAACAAAUGCAGAAAAAUCAGCUGGAGAAAAUUCAGAAGGAGGCACAGCUGCUGAAGGAGCUCGAGGACCUUGAAUUAGGGCUGUAACUAAUUUUCCAAUCCAUUCACAGCACUACAGCUUAAUGCACACAAGGAGCUGAACCAGAGCCCGUUGGACUUGAUGCCAGAUAAAAUUAAACAUUCAUGAACAAAUAAUUUGUUGCAGUUUAUUCUUCCUCUUUUAACACACAAGGUGAUCCAUGAAACAUUGCCUGGCCCUCUAAAGGCAUUUCUGCUAUGCAAUGUUGUUUAUAGUUUGAGGGAAGUUUUGUUAUUCGACACGUGAUGAAACUGGUGGAUUAAUGAUACUGCAGUGCAUAACGGUUUGAAGUAGUGCAUUUCUGUGGAACAUCAUGAAAUGCUACAAUGUUGGGGUUGAUUUUUUUAAGUGUUUUCUCCAUGCUGCCAAAUAUGUUGAAAUUUCCAUCAGCAAGACAAAUAAAGAACAUCAUGAAAGUACACCAUGAAAA